GGCAUCAUUUCUAUCUUUUGUGAUCUCCCUUUGCCAUUGAGAUCAGCAAGCCAUUGAACAAGCCGUUGCUACAAACUACAGCCAACUACGACGCUCCCUUGCUAACUGACACGUCAAACUUCGACCUGCACCGUCGACACCAAGUAGUCAGUUCUGGAAGCCAGACGCGGCUGGACAAGGGAGGCGCAAAGACCCUCCACGAUGACGGUCAUCUUUCCCGUUGUCCAACCCGAUCAAAAGGCCGUGUUGGGGGUGGCCAUCAGCUUUGCAAUUCCCCCAGUCCUCGCCGUGUGCGCACGCCUGGCCGCUCGACAUGUCGCCAACCGAAAGCUGGACACAAACGACUACCUGAUCAUGGUCGCCAUGGUCAUGGCAGUUGCUCUGGAGGCUGUCAGUAUCACUGGCGUUAUACAAUGCGGCAUUGGCUACGGUCACACACUAGACAUCAUAGCCGAGUUUGGGCCAGAACCUGUGAUCAACCUCUCAAAGUUACGGACAGACCCCUCGCUUCUCAUCCCGCUCCAGAUCCUGUGGGCACUAUCACUCUCCGUCAGCAAGGUCUCGAUUCUGCUGCUGUACAUCAGGGUCUUCCCAGUGACAAGUUUGAUGUGGUGUGCCUGCGGGGCCAUUGUACUCAUUGCUGUGUGGGCCGUCGGGACCGUCAUCGCUGGCUUGACCAUCUGCCAGCCUUUUGCAUUUAACUGGGACAAGACGAUUCCAGGUGGCAGUUGCGGUGAUCAAGUCCUCUCCUUCACGAUCACAGGCAUUGUGAACCUGAUCACCGACGUCAUGGUCCUAGCGUUGCCAUUGCCUUACCUGGUCCGCCUGCAACUGCCCACCUACAAGAAGAUGGUCCUCAUCGGCGUCUUCAGCAUCGGUUUCCUAACCUGCGUAGUCAGCGGCUUCCGCAUCCACACGUUGUCUAGCAUGGACUUUGCCGACAUCACGUACUCAAUCCCUCUCGCCAACAUCUUCUCCGGCCUUGAGCCGUCCAUCGCUGUCAUCCUCGCCUGCGUCCCACUCUUGCGCCCUCUUCUGGGCCGCGCCGGCAAGUACUCGGCCAACGGCACGGCGCGCUUCACCGACGACUCGGCAGCGGGCAGCUCGAAUGCCGCGCGUGCACCCUCGGGGGCUAUCAAAAAGGCAGAUGGCUUCCAGCCCUUGAGCGAUGAUUCAAGCCAGUACCGGCUGCGACCCAUGGGGCCCAAGUCCCACACAGCCGUUACCACUGAUAGGGAGGUAGGUCGUGCGGACAGCAGCGACAACAGCGAUCACGGGGGCUAUGCCGCGGACUCGGGCAUUCGAGUCAAGCAGGAGUGGAAUGUCUCUGGCGGUCAUGCCUCAAGGUAAAUUUGUUUGAACGUGUAUAAAAAGGCGUAUUAUCCUCCACACCCAGUCGCUGGGUGCGAUCACUGCGAUGGGAGUGAAUGACUUAGCAAAUGAGCAAGCUGGUACUCAUCCAAGCCCACCGGCAAUUCCCAGGAGAACUUCUGUGGUCGGACAAGCUGGCAC